AUGCCCAGAUCCGAAUCGUUAAUUGCCCCAAAUAUCACCCGGAGCGGCGGUCUUCGCAUCGUGGUGCUGCACGUUUUAUUGGUGCAGCUUGUGAGCAGCUCUACUCCAUGCCACAUCCCUUUCAAAGGACUUUGGUGGCAAGGAGAGCGUCAGGUCCUUAUCUCUGACCAUCACUGGGGAAACUAUGGCGAAUGUUUGAACAAGAAUAACGACCAUCACUUUUUGCUGAAAAGCAAUAUUUCCCGCACCCUCUGCUUCCGGUGCGUUAUCGCGUUUCCGGUCCAUGAGAAUGUCGUCCAGUUCAAAGCAACUAGCUGCCUGCGAGACCCUGGGCUGACGUUGCACAGCUGCAGAAAUGAAUUUCGUGGGGAUGCGCCGAUGAUUACGCUAUUUAAAGCCGAAGCCAAACCUGAGAAGUGCCCCCUAGAGACCCCGCUCAACUUCACCUAUUCCACCGCCCAGGGGACGUGUCACUCACGGAUCUCCAGCAUCCAGCCAUGCGUCAACGAGAAGAAGCUGAAGCUCGACUACAAGGCUUGCCCAGAAUUGCCGACGGUUGAAGCUUCAGGCUCCGAGCUAGAAUGUCUUGGCUCAUGGCAAAGCAUGGGCGCCCACUUCAUCGCCGCCCGAAUUUCGGCCCAUGGCAAGCGCCCAUCCCAUCGAUGCCUAAUCGUGGAAGGCGGUCGAAGACACGGAAACCUCGGCAUCUCCGCCGAUUCCUCCUGCCAAGAGCUCACCCACCUCAGCGCCGCCUCCAAGCUGCUCGCUUACAAGCUUGAUACAAAAAUCACCGCCGGCUGCGAGUACCCGGAUUAUUUGCAAGAGAUCCAUUGGAAAGCCGCUACCACAGCGCAUAGCCAUCGUUUUAAAGCGGGAACCUGGCACUCCAGCCACUCGGCCACACGAUUUUCAAAUCGAUUGUGCAUCGGGGAAAUAGUGAUCGAUGCUGCGCUGUCUACGGAGGAAUCCAGAAGCAGAGAAAAGGAUCCAAUCCGAUUCUACCGGACACAUACAACCGAGGGGUGUUCCGUUGGGUUCCAGUGUGUUCGAAUAAAACAAAUUUCCCGAACAGUCGUACAACUCGAAUUCGGCAUUAUCUCCCCCAACGAGUAUGAGCCAUGCGACGAUGCGAUGGUUGUAAUGCAGAGAGAAACAUUGGUAGAAGUAGGCGCCAGGACCCAAUGCCCAUCAAUCGGGCGCCACUAUAUUCCAACCUGCAAGCAUGCUAUCGUCGAAUCCGGCUGCUCUAACCCACACCAUUUCCACCUACGGAAAAGCUGUACAAAAGAUUAUGAAGAAAUAAUUUGCCUGGCUUCAUGGGCAGACGAUGAAAAUGAAUACUUUUUGGCAAAACACCACCAUCAGCACGGAUUGCAGUGUUUUGUUUUGCACGAUUCUCGGGUGAAAGCCUAUCCAGCGACUUCUUGUGACCGGGAGUCAACGCAAUAUUCGCAUCCAGCGCUGGAUUUUAUAACUACACAUUCCGAACAAUGCAGUCGAUGGAUCUUCGAAAGCCUAUUAUCUUCCUCUUUCCCAACUCACUUCAGCUUCUACCUGGCUUUCCUAGUGCCAUUCCUUGCGGGUCUAUUA